AUGAAGAUUUUUGAUUUCGCAUUGGAGGAAAUAUAUAAUGAAGCCGAUUAUGUAAUUGAGCGGUGCGAUGAAGUGAAAAUGGAAUUGCCUACAAUGUCCAAAGAAAAAGCCCUAUCGGAAAUGGAAUAUUUGAAGGCAAUAUAUAUGGAAAUCAAAAAGUUGAUUCCAAAAACUUCAAAUGUGGACUUUUCUGAAGAUAUGUUCUUCAAAUUGAAUCGUACGGAGGACAUAUACUUUGAUGUAAACGAGGAGCUGUGUAAUAAGCUGGAAUCCUCCAAUGAUAUUUUGGUGCCCCCGAUACAACAGCCUCGCAAUAUUCUGUCAUUGACAAAAGAAGAAAAACAAAAAUUUUUGGAUUCAUUUGAUCGUGUAUUUUCGGAUAUAGAUGGUGUAGUUUGGAAUGCGUCCGCUGUCAUCGAAGGUAGCGGGGAUGGCUUUAACGCACUUCGUGAAACGGGCAAACAACUGACAUUCAUUACCAAUAACAGUGUCCGGCCGGAACAACUAUGCUUGGAUAAAUUGAAAGAGAAUAAAAUUGAAAUUGAGGCGAAUGACCUAAUUCACCCAUCCAAAAGUAUUGUGGAAUAUCUGAAAGGUAUUAAAUUUGAGGGUUUAAUAUAUGCCAUUGCAAGCGAAUCGAUUAAAAAUGAUUUCCGGAAAGAGGGAUUCCAAAUUCUCGAUGGACCUUACGAAAUUAUUGGAGAAUCAUUCCGUGAUCUUAUGGGUGUUGUAAUCGGUCGUGAACCCGUCAAGGCUGUCAUUAUUGAUUUUGAUUUCAAUCUAACAAUGACUACAAUGAUGAAGGCCCACCAUUAUUUACGCCGCCCGGAUUGUAUAUUUAUUGGCGGCGCAAGUGAUUACACUUUGCCUGUAACCAAAGACUUAUCGGUCUUGGGUCCCGGUGGAUUUCUAAAAGUUUUAGAAGAUUCCACCCGUCGAGAAAUAUUACUUUUUGGUAAACCUGGUAAAGCAUUGGCAGAUUCCUUGCUGAAACGUUAUGGUAUUGAAGAUCCUAGUCGAGCUAUGAUGAUUGGUGAUAUGUUGGAGCAAGAUAUACGAUUUGGUAAACUUUGUGGUUUCCAAACACUGUUAGUCUUAAGCGGUGGCAUAAAACUUGAAGAGCUUAUGCGUCAAACAGAUCCCAAUGUUAUACCAAAUUAUUAUGCCAACAGUAUGAAAGAUUUUGUUGAAUUUGUUAAGGAUUAUAAAAAAUCAAGUGCUUAG